AGGGCGAUAAAGUUGUCGAGGGGGCUACGAAAUCAUUUUGUUUACUAAAUUCCUACAUAUUUUUCGCGAUACAACGCGAGUCCCCUCGUCGUCUGAUCUCACCACAAAGAAAGAUAUAUUCUAUAUUGUAUUUUAUGUAACGCUAACAGAUGUACCGUAUGUGACAGACAGCGUAACGACCCUUAAGGUUAAGUGAUAUUACGCCCGUAUUUUUCUUCCUAAUUCGCGAUUUCUCUUUUUAAUCGAUAGACAGGUUCGAAAAGAAUGCCUGCACCAAAUUCUAUCAGCGUGGCUGUAAUAUGUUCUAGUAAUAUGAAUCGAAGCAUGGAAGCCCAUGCUUUCUUAAGCAAAAAAGGGUUCAACGUGAAGAGCUUCGGAACUGGAGAUAAAGUCAAACUUCCUGGAAAUGCUCCUGAUCGUCCAAACAUUUACGACUUUGGAACAUCCUACGAAGAAAUCUACAAUGACCUCUUAACGAAAGACAAGCAAUACUAUACACAGAACGGUUUGUUACACAUGCUGGAUCGAAAUCGUAGAAUAAAACCUAAGCCUGAAAGAUUUCAAUUGUCCAAGGACAAGUUUGACAUCCUCAUCACUUGCGAAGAACGUGUCUAUGACCAAGUGAUCGAAUGCAUGGAGUCCAGAACUCAGGAAGAUAAUCAACCUGUACAUCUGAUCAAUAUCGAUAUUCAAGACAACCACGAGGAAGCUACAGUUGGAUCUUUUCUCAUUUGCGAAUUGGUCACUGUGCUGGCGAACAGCGAGGAUUUAGACAAUGAUAUAGAUGAACUGCUUCACGAAUUCGAGUCCAAGUUUGCGAGAACGAUUCUGCAUACUGUGCUCUUUUAUUAAAAGGACUUACAAUUAUCAGGGACCUGGUGUUCGUCAACGAUUUAACUUAUAAAGGAAACUAAAUUAUCUAUAUGAAAUGUACCACCGCAUUAUCUGGACCAGAUUAUGUAAAAACGAAUUCCA